GAGAUACGGUCUUCGUAGGAGGGGAAACCUUUCCCUGAGAGUCUCGGGGUGGGAGCUCAGUAAACCGAGCCUAGAGUUCGAGUAGAGAAACAUAAUAUAAGGCUGUAUGGUAUGACACCUUUGCCUUUCCAGUUAGAAAAAUAAAACUACUAUACUAAACUAUACUUCUUGUUUUCAUUUAAAUAAUGCACCAAUAACCUACAAAAAAAAAGAAAAACAAAUAAAAAUAGUUGAAAUGUCACUUAUAAUUACCAAAGCUGCUCUGGCACUAAAGAAUGCUGAAAAAAAUUUUAAAGUCGUGGAGUUUGAGUCCUACAAACCGAAACAGAAGAAAUUAGCAGAGAAGGAUGAAAAAAAUCUUCCCAGAACAGAAACUGGACAAUAUUCAAAGAAGGACUUGGAAUUGAAGAAGAUUCGCCAUGAAGUUGUUAAAUUUGGAAUGUCCGGUUUUGAUCCUACGAAAAAAGAAGAAGCUAAAAUUGCUCUUAUGGUUAGUCUAGGGGCGAAACCACCGAAAAAACAAUAUAUAAACUACAAAGAGCUAAUGCAGAAGAGAAAAGAAGAAAAACUAAAAAAUUUAGAAGAGAAACAGCUAAUGAUUGCUAAAAGUGUCCUCAAAACUGGCGGUAAAAAGAAAAAACCAGCCAACAAUGAUGUUGGACACUUCCUGAGUGGAUACGGCAAGGUACAAACAAAAUGAUUUGAAAAAGGAUGAGAAAAACUUAAAAAAGAAGAAAAAGAAAAAUAAAUGAUUUUAAAACGUA